AUGGGGAACCGCAGCGCCGCGGACGCGGACGGGCUGCUGGCUGGGCGCGGGCCCGGCACGGGCGGCGGCGCGGGGGGCCCCGGGGCGGCGGCGGCGCUGGCGGGGGGCGUGCUGCUCAUCGGCGCGGUGCUCGCAGGGAACUCGCUCGUGUGCGUGAGCGUGGCGGCCGAGCGCGCCCUGCAGACGCCCACCAACUACUUCAUCGUGAGCCUGGCGGCCGCCGACCUCCUGCUCGCCCUGCUCGUGCUGCCUCUCUUCGUCUACUCCGAGGUCCAGGGCGGCGUGUGGCUUCUGAGCCCGGGCCUCUGCGACACGCUCAUGGCCAUGGACGUCAUGCUGUGCACGGCCUCCAUCUUCAACUUGUGCGCCAUCAGCGUGGACAGGUUCGUGGCGGUGGCCGUGCCGCUGCGCUACAACCGCCAGAGCCGCGGCGGCAGGCAGCUGCUGCUCAUCGGUACCACGUGGCUGCUGUCGGCAGCGGUGGCGGCGCCCGUGUUGUGCGGCCUCAACGACGCGCGCAGCCGCGAUCCCUCCGUGUGCCGCCUGGAGGACCGCGACUAUGUGGUCUACUCGUCCGUGUGCUCCUUCUUCCUGCCCUGCCCGCUCAUGCUGCUGCUCUACUGGGCCACGUUCCGGGGCCUUCGGCGCUGGGAGGCAGCCCGCCGCGCCAAGCUGCACGGCCGUCCGCCCCGCCGCCCCAGCGGCCCCGGCCCGCCGCCCCCCGACGGCAGCCCGGCCCCCGAUGCCGCCGUGUGCCCGGACGCCAUCCCGGCCCCAGACUGCAUCCCGGCCCCCGACGCCACCCCGCCCCCCGACGGCAUCCCGGCCCCCGAUGUCGCCGUGCCCCCCGACGCCACCCCAGCCUCGGAUGCCGUCGUGCCCUCGGACGCCAUGCCGGCCGAACCCCCGCUGCGGGCCCGCAGGAGGAGACGGGCCAAGAUCACGGGCCGGGAGCGCAAAGCUAUGAGAGUCCUGCCUGUGGUGGUCGGGGCCUUUCUGCUGUGCUGGACGCCCUUCUUUGUCGUGCACAUCUCCCGAGCGCUGUGUCCCACGUGCGCCGUGCCCCCGCGGCUGGUGAGCGCGGUCACCUGGCUGGGCUACGUCAACAGCGCCCUCAACCCCGUCAUCUACACCAUCUUCAACGCCGAGUUCCGGACCGUCUUCCGCAAGGCUCUGCGCCUCUGCUGCUGAGCAGACCGCGGGCAC